AUGGAUAAAAGUUGGAUGAAGAAGCAGAGGGGUUCAAGGGAAUAUAUUGAAGGUGUACUUAAAUUUGUGGAAUUUGCAUCAAAACAUGCAAGCGAUGGGAAAAUCUUUUGUCCUUGUACCAAAUGUGUGAAUAUGAAUUUGGUACUGCCAGGGGUGGCACGUGAACAUCUUUGGAGUAAGGGGAUGCUUCAAAAUUACACACUUUGGAAAUGGCAUGGGGAAUCGGCGGCUGCGCCAACUGCCACUGAAUGUGGGAGUAGUCAUGUCCAAGAGUCCUUAGAACAAUACGGUGACUUUCGUGGGAUGUUGCAUGAUUUGUGCCCCACGCAUGGAAUGCCACCUGAACCAAUGGACGAAGGGGAAACUGUGCAACAACCGGCUGAAGGUCCAAAUGAUGGUGCACAAAAGUUUUACAAAAUGAUAGAUGAUGUCCACAAACCUUUAUAUGCUGGGUGUACAAAAUUUAGCAUAUUCUCAGCCAUCGUUGUGUUGUUCCAGUUGAAGACUCUUUGUGGUUGGACGAACAAGUCAUUUACUAUGUUGCUUCAACUCUUGAUGGAUAUCCUCCCUUCUGACGCUAAGUUGCCAAAGGACCAUUAUGAGGCUAAGAAAAUAGUUCGAGAUUUGGGUUUGGGGUAUGAGAAGAUCCAUGCUUGUCCCAAUGAUUGUAUGCUAUUUUGGAAGGAGAAUGUUAACCUCGACGCAUGUCCUUGUUGCGAAGAAAGUAGGUGGAAACCAAAUGAGGCAUCCGUUACAAAUAAUAAUGCCUCAUCUAGUAAGGGAAAGAAGAAAGCUGCAAAGAUCCUACGCUGGUUUCCCUUAAAGCCAAGAUUGCAGCGAUUAUUUUUGUCACCCGACUUGGCUAGUUCUAUGAAAUGGCAUGCUAAUGGUCGUACAGAGGACGGGGUAAUGCGGCAUCCUGCUGACUCGGAUGCAUGGAAAAUGUUUGACACUACGCAUUUACAGUUCUCGUCUGAGCCUCGUAAUGUCAGACUUGGAUUAGCUGCGGAUGGGUUCAACCCCUUCGGAAUGCUGAGUACUACUCACAGCACUUGGCCUGUCAUGCUAGUCCUUUACAAUCUCCCGCCUUGGUUGUGCAUUAAACGAUCAUCUUUGAUUUUAUCACUAGUUAUUCCUGGACCUAAAUCGCCAGGGAUUGCAAUAGAUGUGUACUUGCAACCCUUAGUAGAAGAACUGAGGGAAUUAUGGGAUGUUGGAGUAGAAGCAUACGGUGCAUCUUCAAAAAAUGUAUUCCAAUUGCAUGCAGUAUUGAUGUGGACGGUACAUGAUUUUCCUGCAUACGCAGAUGUGUCGGGUUGGAGUACGAAGGGUAAGUUUGCGUGUCCUUGUUGUGCCUCAAAGACCGACUUGAAAUAUUUAAAAAAUGGCCGCAAAUUCUGUUACAUGGGACAUAGGCGAUGGUUGGGUAGUGACCACGAAUUUCGGAAAGAAGAUACUUUAUUUGAUGGAUUCACUGAUAUGCGAGUGGCUCCUGUGCCACCAGUUGCGUCAAACAUAAUUGUGGACACUGAAACUUUACUUACACGUUGUCUGGGAAAGAAAUGUCGAGAAAAAUACAACAAAAGAAAGAGAGGUGAGGCAAACCAGUGUGUUUGGAAGAAGAGAAGUAUUUUUUUCACAUUGCCUUAUUGGAAGGAUCACAAGUUGCGACACAAUCUUGAUGUGAUGCAUAUAGAGAAGAAUGUGAUGGACAAUAUACUUGGCACUUUGCUGAACGUGAAGGACUGGACAAAGGACAAUUACAAGGCACACCUUGACUUGGCGGAAAUGGGAAUAAGGAGAGAACUCCACCUACAGCGAAAAGGUGAUGAUAAGUAUAUGAUACCGCCUGCGUGUUUUCAUAUGACUGCAUUGGAGAAAGAUGGUUUCUUGCAAGUUUUGCGAGACGUAAAAGUGCCCGAUGGAUAUGCUUCCAACAUCUCCCGCCGUGUGAACCUCAAAGAACGUAAGAUUUCUAGUUUAAAGAGUCACGAUAAUCACAUCCUGAUGCAACAACUCCUUCCAAUUGCUUUACGAGGAUCUUUGCCAUCGCAUGUUAUUAGGCCUUUGAUGAAGUUAGCUUGUUUCUUUAGGAAAAUUUGUUCGAAAACCCUUACGGUGUUUGAUAUUGCGAGUGCUGAGGCUGACAUUGCAGUGACGUUGUGUGAAUUGGAAAAAAUAUUUCCUCCAUCUUUCUUCACUGUGAUGGUACAUUUGGUCAUGCACUUGGCUACUGAAGCCAAGAUUGGUGGUCCAGUUCAGUACCGUUGGAUGUACCCCAUUGAGAGGUACCUCUCACGCCUUAAGCCUUAUGUAAGAAACAGGGCUGCUCCAGAGGGGUGUAUUGCUGAAGGCUACAUAGUGGAGGAAUGUUUAACGUUUUGUUCACGGUAUAUGGAAGGAGUUGAAACUAUAUUCUCACGACCCACAAGGACGAUGGAGGAGUCAACAGGGGCAGUUUCAAGUGUGGCACUAGAAAGUAGGGAAUUGACCCAAGCUCAUUGCUAUGUGCUAUUCAAUUCCGAGAACAUUUACCAGUUUCGUGAGUAA